UGAUGACUUAAUCCCAUCUCCUCGGGUGCCCCUUGGAUUAGAAAAAUCCAGGGUCCCCUGUUGGACUGCAGGGACAUGUCUGUGGCCGUCAGGAAGCGGAGCUGGGAAGAGCACGUCACUCAGCGGAUGGGAUUGCUCCUUCAUCCGGAUGCUCCGACCCCAACAUGCCACCAUGGGCUGGUAGCUGAUAGCUUGCAUACAAGCAUGGAAAAGGAAGGGGCUCUGCCUGGGGGCCACCACCAGAGGUGGGCAUCCCUGCCAGAUUGCUGCCAGGCCUCCGAGCUGUCCAGCUGCCCUGAGCAGCUCCUAGGAAAUGUUUCAAGGGAACUGGAUGAAAAUGACACUUGUGAUGGGGAAGAAGGCCUCCUUUCCCUGGAAGCCAGCACAGAAACUCUGGUCCAUGUAUCUGAUGAAGAGAGUAAUCCAGAGAUGAAUUUGAGUGCUGUGAACCACUGGCCAACCAGAGAUAAGGAAACAGCAGGUCAGUGGAGACUGAAUGGAACAGGUACUUUUGUAAAGACACCACCAGGUCCUGAGGAAGAUCAGGAGUUGCCUGUCUCUUUGGGGUCCUUGGAGAUAGCCAGUGAAUCUGAUCAUGAGUCUAGUCUUACAGAGGAGAGUAAAAAGAAUUGGGACCCUAAUAGGGACAACCAAGAGCUUGGCAGUGAUCUCAGGAUAAGUCAAGUCAAAGAGGCACCCAAAGCAGAUUUCUCAGAGUCUCUGAGUGCAAAUGAAAUUCUGCCUGAGAAACAGUUGCUCCAUUCUGCUGUGAUUGCUCAGCAACGGAGGAAAUGUGCUGACACCAUCAAAGAUAGGAAUGAGAGGCGUACUGGUGAGUCCCUACAGGAUGAGUUCUCUACCUCUCACUGUGCCGGGAAGACACAACUACAAUCAGAAGAUUCUGAAAGCUGCUUUGGGGAGUCUCCCUGUUGUCUCCACCCUCUGGAUAAAAGUGACGUCACACGCUUGCACAGCGACCCUCAAAACAAACAUCCCUUGGAUGCUGGCUCCAGAGAGGAUGUGCCCUCGGAACAUGGAACGCUUCCCAUGACCACUGGGGAAUUGUGUGUUGGGCAAGUCACUCUUCGAGAAAAAAAGGAAGGGAGAGAAGAUCGAGGGAGAGGACGACUUGAUUCCAUGGCACUGCUCAUCAUGAAACUGGACCAGUUGGACCGAGACAUCGAGAAUGCCCUCAAUACCAGUCCCUCUCCUGCCAAUCCCCAAGUACACCAGCAGAAAACUAUUCCCGAUCAGGAGUCAAAAGAUGAGGGUGGAGAGAAUGACAGGCCAAUAAAUCAGAACCAAGUGGAUUUACCACCAAACUUGGAGGCAGUUGCCCAGGCUGCUGGUCCAGCUUCUGUGUCCCCAGCCAGUUCUGCAACCAAACCAAAAGUAUCGGUCAUGGCCAAUGUUUCAGAGAAGGGAAAAGCUGAAAUCGAAGCCAAAGAAGCAUGUGACUGGCUGCGGGCAGCCGGCUUCCCUCAGUAUGCCCAGCUGUAUGAAGACCUCCUGUUUCCCAUUGACAUUACGCUUGUGAAGAGAGAGCAUGAUUUCUUAGACCGAGACUCCAUCGAGGCAUUGUACCGGCGCCUGAACACAUUAAAUAAGUGCGCAGUAAUGAAGCUGGAGAUCUGCCCCCACAGGAAGCGGAGCGAGGACUCGGAUGAGGAUGAGCCGUGCGCCAUCAGCGGCAAGUGGACUUUCCAAAGGGACAGCAAGCGAUGGUCCAGAAUGGACGAGUUUGACGUUUUCUCCCCGCUGCCCGGCCUGGCUGCCAGGGCUCCGGGGGGGCAGGUCCUUGCCAGCGCCAGCCGAGAGAGCCUGCUGACCGACCUGAGCGAGGGCCAGGAGCUGGUCUCCGUGCGGAGCCUCAGCAGCGCCAGCAGCCUCCCGACCGAGCCGGGCACACCCCGGGCAGCCUCCGUGGCGAGCGUCUGCUCCUCAGGCCUCCGGGAGUUCGGCCCCCUGCCCUCCCCCACCGAGCCGCCCGGCACCAAAGCCCACGGGCAGCCCGCCAAGGCCAAGCCGAGGGGCCUGCUCAAGCGGAUGGAGAGCCUGAAGCUGCGGCGCUCUCACGCCGGCCGGCCCAAGGCCGGCCCCGCCAAGCUGGGCCUGGUCAUCAGCGGCCCCGUGCUGCAGGAGGGCCAGGAGAAGCUCAAGCACCUGCCCUGCGUGGAGAUCUCCAGCCUGGCCGGCGUCCGCAAGAGGAGCAUCUCCAACUCCACGCAGACCAGCAGCAGCAGCAGCAGCCAGUCGGAGAGCGGCAGCGCCGUCAGCACGCCCAGCCCCGUGUCGCGGACGCGCAGCCUCAGCACCUGCCACAAGAGGGCCGGCAUGUACCUGGAGGGCUUCGACCCCUUCGACCAGGCCGCCUUCGACAGCGUGCUGGAGCAGAACCUGCGCAACCGCGAGAGCCGCGGCGACGACGCCGUGUUCUACAUCCCCGAGGACCACAAGCCGGGCACCUUCCCCAAGGCCCUCUCCAACGGCCGCUUCCCCGCCGCGGGGAAGGAAAGCGCGGCCCCCGGCUGGAGGGCGGGGAGCUUCCACGGCCGCGAAGGGGCCAAGGGGCUGCGGAGGCGCAACUCCUCCUGCUCCGUGAGCAGCCGCCUCAGCGUCUACGACAACGUGCCCGGCUCCGGCCUCUACUCCAGCUCCGGGGACCUCGCCGACCUCGCCGACCUCGCGCAGGAGGACAUCUUCCCCGAGCUCGACGACAUCUUGUACCACGUGAAGGGGAUGCAGAGGAUCGUCAACCAGUGGUCAGAAAAGUUCUCCGACGAGGGGGACUCGGACUCGGCCCUGGACUCCGUUUCCCCCUGCCCUUCUUCUCCAAAGCAGAUCCACCUCGAGGGCGACAACGACCGCACCUCGCCCAGCGACCUGGACAGCGUGGGGAACUCUCUGAAUGAGACCGAGGAGCCCGCCGACAUCCAGGAAAGGAGGGACUCCGGCGUGGGCGCCUCCCUGACGCGCUCCAACAGGCCCAGACUGAGCUGGCAGAGCUCCCGGCGGCUCAGCGCGGGCUCGGCCGCGCCCCAGAUCAGCUGCCAGUCCGUGGCUCAGAUGAACCUGCUGCAGAAGUAUUCGCUCCUCAAGCUGACGGCCCUGCUGGAGAGGUACACGCCAUCCAACAAGCACGGCUUUGGCUGGGCAGUGCCCAAGUUCAUGAAAAGGCUUAAGGUCCCAGACUACAAGGACCGGAGCGUGUUUGGUGUCCCACUCUCUGUCAAUGUGCAAAGGACAGGGCAGCCCCUUCCCCAGAGCAUCCAGCAGGCCAUGGGCUACCUGCAUAGCCAGUGCUUGGAUCAGGUUGGGCUCUUCAGAAAGUCGGGCGUCAAGUCCAGAAUCCAGGCCUUGCGCCAGAUGAACGAGGGCUCCACGGCGCACGUGAGCUACGACGGGCAGUCUGCGUACGAUGUGGCAGACAUGCUGAAGCAAUACUUCCGAGACCUUCCAGAGCCUCUGAUGACCAACAAGCUCUCGGAGACCUUCUUACAGAUCUACCAGUAUGUGCCCAAGGACCAGCGUCUCCAGGCCAUCCAGGCGGCCAUCAUGCUUCUCCCAGAUGAGAACAGGGAGGUCCUUCAAACCCUGCUCUAUUUCCUGAGCGAGGUCACUGCUGCCGUGAAGGAAAACCAGAUGACGCCCACCAACCUGGCCGUGUGCUUGGCGCCGUCCCUUUUCCACCUCAACACCCUUAAAAGGGAAAAUUCUUCUCCGAGGGUGAUGCAGAGAAAGCAGAGUCUGGGCAAACCCGACCAGAAGGACCUCAAUGAAAAUCUGGCAGCGACUCAAGGCCUGGCACACAUGAUCGCAGAAUGCCACAAGCUCUUCCAGGUCCCCGAGGAAAUGAGCCGGUGUCGGAACUCCUACUCGGAGCAGGAGCUGCGGCCCCUCAGCCUGGAGGCCUUGGGCCACCUGAGUGGCCAGGCCUCUGCUGACUAUCGCCACUUCCUCCAAGACUGCAUGGACAGCCUGUUUAAGGAGGUCAAGGACAAGUUCAAAGGUUGGGUCAGCCAUCCCACCUCGGAGCCUGCAGAGCUGGCUUAUAAGAAGGUUAGUGAAGGACCCCCACUCCGACUGUGGAAGUCGACAAUCGAAGUCCCUGCCAAACCUGAGGACGUUUUAAAUCGCCUCCUGAAGGAGCAACAUAUCUGGGAUCCGGAUCUCUUGGAUGCCAAAGUGAUUGAAGUCCUGGAUAGCCAGACGGAAAUCUACCAGUUUGUCCGGAGUAGUAUGGUGCCCCAUCCUGCCAGGGACCACGUGGUGCUGAGAACAUGGAGGACCAACUUGCCCAGGGGGGCCUGCAUGCUGUUGCUCACCUCCGUGGAUCACGCCCAGGCCCCUGUGAUUGGGGUACGGGUAAACGUGCUGUUGGCCCGAUACCUGGUUGAACCCUGUGGGUCCGGGAGAUCCAAGCUCACCUACUUGUGCCGGAGUGACUUGAGGGGCCACAUACCAGAAUGGUACACAAAGGCAUUUGGACAUUUGUGUGUAGCUGAAGUAGUGAAGAUCCGAGAUUCUUUCACUCGUCCAAGCACGGAUCCCAAAGAUGGGAAAUCCAGGUGACGACACACCUACAGGCCGAGACUCUGCAUCUGGCCCGAGACCGCCGAGAAUUUUGUUUAGAAAUAAAUGGGCCGAUCCUGGGCAGGAUGGAUUAAACCAGAAACCAGGAACCAAUCUGGGCUGUGAUCUACAAUGGCUGUACCACACAAGAGCUGAUCUUGACUGGAACACAUGGCCCUGUGGAAAAACAGAAGUUGUACUAGGUGGAGAUUGCUUCUGCGAAGCAGGACUCUUAAAGGGAAUAAAAUGAAGAGAAUCUGUUCUCCUGGGAUAUUGCCCUUGACUGGACCCAGGCAAGCAGGACAGGAGAGCCGCCGUAGGAGGGACUAUUGUUGUUUGUUUUGGGAAUGGAGGGUGUCUCUGACACCAGCAAUGAAAAACGAGUUUCCUUAAGAUGUGUGUGUGGGUGAAUGUCCCAUGACUGAAUGCAGAGCAGAUCCAGGGAAUGGGCUCUGCUAGGUUGGCAGGCCACCAAAAUUGGGGAAACAUUUCAAAUUGUAUUAUUCCAGGGAGGAAUGUGGGAUAACCUUCGUGCGUAAGGGGGUCCUGUAAAUUUCUCCAGUGAAUCCCUUUCCUUCCUUUUUAUUUAGGAGAGCCAGUAUGGGAGAUUCCAUCCUGAAAGGACCCCUUCCAUCCAUGUCUGUUAGAUGUUUCAUUCUGACGAUCCCAUUUCUGUACUGUAGUGAAUUCAUUCUUACCGUAGAUAAUCCCACACUGAAGGUCCUCUCUCUCUCUCUCCUGAUUGGCUUUAAAUCACAAAAAUCAGAAUCCAGCAAUAAAAGCAUUUUGGUUUUUUGAUUUGUUUUAGAAAGAGCACAGAUUAAAAUAAAGAUGAAGACUUAAUUCCAAAGCUAAAAUCAGGAGAGCCAUACUUUCUGAUAUACCCCAUUUUCGGUUCUUUCAUCUCUUGGGUUUCCAGAAAGUUUAGGCUGUAUUCCAAAGAGCUCUGUUGGCCAAGAGCUCUUCCUCCGUCAUGGCAGGAUCAGCAUGGGACGUUCACCUGUGAGUGAACAUGUCAGGAAGGGUUGUACCUGGCUGAUUGCGUGCCUCAGUUACCGUUGUCAGUGUUAACUUCUUGAUGAAGAAACUUCAUGUUGUGUGUGUGGAUGUGUGUGAGUGAGGGGGGGAGCGGAUCGGAUUCAGCCACGAGUGCCGUCAGGGCUCCGGACCACGUGCUCCUUGUGAAUUCCUAGAUCUUGUAGAUUCCGUCUAAAAUCUCUUACGUGGAAGAUUGUAUGUUGAACAUACCGUCCCAUUGAGUAACACAAGUAACGCAUGAUACAGAGUAUUAUUUAAAAUAGACUUGUAUUUAUACAUCAGUCUUUGGGUUUUAUACCUCAGCUCAACAUGUUUGUGUUUUUUUUUCCCUUUUAUUGUAAAUAAAGCUUUUCAUGAUUACCAUGGAAGUGACUGAACAAAGAAAAGGUUUAUAACUUGCUAUGAAUGACUGUACAGAAUAUAAUCAACAAUUGCACUAUUAAAUGUUUAACAUGA